UUUCUAUAUUAAUAUGACAUUAAAUGCAUUAUUGUACAUGAUAUAUGGCCUAUAUUUCUGAAAAUUUAUUUAAAAAUCACUUUAAUUACAUAAUGAGUGGAAUACGUUUAUUGCUAUGUCCAUCUUUUUAUUAUAAAACAUUUAUUAUAAUUUUAAUAAAAUUCUACAUUAAAUUAAUCAAUAUUGAAAUAAUGAGUCUAAAUCUAGAUAUAAACACAGCAGUUAUUAUAAUCUUAAUUACAUACAAAGAUUUGUGCAAUAUCAAUAGAUGUUGCUAUACCUAAAACAAUCUGUAUAUGAUUUGUUAGAUUGGUAAUUGUUUCAUAUAUAAUAUCAUGUAUUUAUAAUACGUUUCUAAAUUAAUUGUUUGUACAUAUUAAAUCUAUUUGAAUUUUUUUAUUACUUAAAGUUUUAUAAAAACAUUAAAUUUUAUAAUAACUAACAACUUGUAUUUUGUUCAAGCUAUGUUUAUAAUAUUAUUUACAAUUACAUAAUUAACAAACAAAAGUACUUAAAAGACAGCAACAUUAUAAUAAAUAGAUUUUAAGAAAAAUUAACAAAUUUUCAUAAAAAAGUAUAAAAUGUUGUCAUUAUUGUACUUACCAUGAUAAUGAGAAUAAAUAAAUUAUUAAUGGUAACAGAUUUUUAAUGUUUUGUAUAUAUUUUCAUUAAACAAUUUUUUCAGACAAAAACUUUAUAUAUGAGAAUUUGUAAGAAUACUUUAAAUAACUGAUGUCAUUACGUCGUAAAUCUAAUCUUUGUCCUCGUUAAAUCUAACAGAACUCCUAGCUGAAAUAAUAACAUCCUGAUUCCUAUCACACCAUGUAUGCAAGUAUAUCUUCAGUUAGUUCUUGUAUCACUUGAAGAAACAACAUAAUAUCUGUUUAUUCAUUUUAUUUAGUGAAUAUGAAUAUGUGCGAUAAAUUAAUUAUUAUUGUGUGAUAUUGUUAAACAUAUAUAUGUAUAAAUAUUAUUGUAAAAGUUGCAUACUUUAAUCAAUUACAAUGUUCGUAACUAGUAUAUUAAUAUUGAAAAUAUUAUUAUUGAACAGUAGUUUGGCAGAAUGGAUAGAUAUGCCUCAAUUUUCUAGUGAAAAAAAGAUAUAUAGAACACCUACAAUAAAACAAGAUCAUUUUUAUAAAUUUGCUCAAAAAAAUGUGGAAAAUCAGUUCCAUUAUACAUAUGAAGAUAUUACUUAUAAGGAUGCAAAAACAAAACAAACAGCAGUUAAUGAAAGUGGAAAAUACAAUUUCCAUAAUAUGGAAAAUAAUAUCAAAAAAGAAUCAACUGUUUUUGAUCAAGAAAAUGUGUUUGUAUCUAAUCCAAAAAAAUACAAUGAUACAGCAGUUCCUUCAAUGACCAAGAAACGGGAAAGAAAUAAGCAGUACCUAAAUGAAUCUUUUACUUUUAAUGAUGCAGGACUAUUGAACUACCUUCCAGUAGAUAUACUUAGAAGUGUUCAUUAUACUUUAAAAUCUCAACCAACAUCAAUUGAUGGAAAAAUUCAAUUUUUAAGAACAUUCGAAAAUACAUUAAUGGUUGAAAUAGAAUCCCAACUUGCAGGAAGUAUAACGGUUGCUCGCAAAAGAAGGGGUACUGAACAUUAUGAUCACAGUUAUGAUCAUGAGCAUGCAGCUGGAUUUCCCUCCAUAGAAGGUGCACUUAUGGCUAUUUCAUUUCUCACGUUUGCUGUGUAUCUGGUUAGAUUAGUCAUGCUUUUAUUCAGAAAUAUGAAUAAUUCUGCAUCAACUACUACAGCUACCUUACUUCUUGGCAGAAGAAAAAAAUCGAUAGACAAAUUUGACGAUGAUGCGACAAUUAUUCUUAAAAAUUUAUAUAACUUUUCUUCUAAAUUUUAAUAUAAAAAGAAAGUUACAUACUAAUUAAACAAAUAUCUUUAGCAUUAACUAUAUUAAAAUCUUCAUAAUCAAAUCUCUAUGUAACGUAAGCUGCUUUAAUACUCAACUUUGUUCUGUAUACUCUGUUUUACAAUUUAGCAGAAACAGGUGGUGGUAAUAUAGGCAGUAAUACUGCAUUAAGAUAUGAACCUAAUG